GCACUGACACACCCACGCCGUCACAGCUCUGCAAGCUUUUUCCAAACCCUUGCAAAGAAGGGCGGCAGAGCUGUAGCCAGCCCACGUGACUGGGAAGGCUCCGGCCGUGACGGGAUGGGGGAACUAUGCCUGGGGCCAGCGCAGGGCCUGGCGGCGGCGCUGCAGCCACAGGAGGCGGGGACGCGAGCACCACAGAGCGCUUCUCAGUCCGUCUGGAGGCCGCUGGACGCAGCUGGGCACGGAGGGUGACCACGAUGAUCCCCUGGGUGCUGCUGGCCUGUGCCCUCCCCUGUGCCGCGGACCCGAUGCUUGCUGCCCUCACUCGCAGAGAGUUCCAGAAGGGCUCCCCUCAACUGGUCUGCAGCCUGCCUGGCCCCCAGGGACCCCCAGGCCCUCCAGGAGCCCCAGGGCCCUCAGGAACGGUGGGAAGAAUGGGUUUUCCUGGCAAAGAUGGCCAGGAUGGCCAAGACGGGGACCGGGGUGACAUCGGUGAGGAAGGUCCACCUGGCCGGACAGGUAACCGGGGAAAGCAAGGACCAAAGGGCAAGGCUGGGGCCGUUGGUCUGGCCGGCCCUCGUGGUCCCAAGGGGGUCAGUGGGACCCCUGGCAAACACGGCACACCAGGCAAGAAGGGGCCCAAGGGCAAGAAGGGGGAGCCAGGCCUGCCGGGCCCCUGCAGCUGUGGCAAUGCCCGGGCCAAGUCGGCUUUCUCAGUGGCAGUGACCAAGAGCUACCCUCGGGAGAGAAUGCCCAUCAAGUUUGACAAGAUCCUGAUGAAUGAGGGCGGCCACUACAACUCGUCCAGUGGCAAGUUCAUCUGCGGCGUGCCCGGGGUCUACUACUUCACCUACGACAUCACACUGGCCAACAAGCACCUGGCCAUCGGCCUCGUGCACAACGGCCAGUACCGCAUACGGACCUUUGACGCCAACACCGGCAACCACGACGUGGCCUCCGGCUCCACCAUCCUGGCCCUCAAGCAGGGCGAUGAGGUGUGGCUGCAGAUCUUCUACUCGGAGCAGAAUGGGCUCUUCUACGACCCCUACUGGACUGACAGCCUCUUCACAGGCUUCCUCAUCUACGCCGACCAGGACAACCGCAAUGAGCUAUAGACUGGCCCAUGGGCCCUCCGGGCAGGGACCAGACUUCUAGACUUGCACUUACAGAGCAAGACCCUGAAACUGUCGCUGGGGCUGAGUCUCAGAAGCUUCCACCCUCAGGCUAACCUCCUUUGCUGCUUUAAAUUUUUUUUCCCAUCAA